AAUAAAAAUUCGAAUCAAAAUACCCAACGAGUGGGGAAAUCGUGGCCAACAUUUUUAAAUUUGCAUUAAAAUUUCCGCGCCGUGGCCAGUUGAUUUAUUCCAAGUGCCAAUUUAUGCAGCCAUAGAGGAGAAAAAAAACGGAGAACCCAAAUAAGAGGAGGAAAAAAAGAGUUGCUGAAUAAAGAACGAGCAGAGCAGAGCAGAGCAGAGCAAAGAAGAACGUGCCCAGCAUGAUGUAGUAGGAGCAAAGACAAGUCUAAGGAUUUUGAGACGGUUUUGCCUGCAAAAAUGUUGCCGCAUUGCCAUCAAAUUGUUUGCCUUUUGCGAACUCUGAGGAGUUAAGGCCAAAAAUUUAUAAUUACAUAAGGAGGAAGCAAAUCCCAGGGCUUUCCAAGUGAUUAAUUUCACAAAGGGGCCAACAACAAAAACAACAACAAUACAGCCGCAGCCGCAACAGCAGCAGCAACACAAACAAUCUAAGCCAAUUACUCCAGUGAUAAGAAAAACGAAACGAACACAAGAGGGAGAGAGAGAAAGCAAAAGAAGACAGGAAAUCCUACAGAAAACGUAACAGGAGACAGGAGAAGCAGCAGCAGCAGCAACAGAUGCCGCCAUGAGUUUCCUUAGUUCCAUGCAACAAUAUGUAACAAGUGGCAUAUCCAGUCUGGGUCUUGGCAAUCGUCGUUUCUCCCUCUCCAGGCAGGAAUCAAGUGAACAGCAAGCCGGAGCUGCUGGUGUUGGUGUUGCUGUUGGUAGCUUAGGUGGUGGAACACCUGGCAGUGUUUCCGUUUUGCAGCAACAACAACAACAACAACAGCAGCAGCAAACGCUACUUUUGCAACAGUCACAGCAACAACAGCACCAGCAGCAACAACAGCACCAGCAGCAACAACAACAGCAACAACAACAGCAGCAACAACAACAACAUUCACAUGCCCCAUUGCAACAACAGGCGAGCAUUGGCAGCGGUCUUGGCCUUGGGCUAAGCGGCGGAAGUAGCAUUGGCGGCUACGGUGCCCCAGCUCAACCGACAGCAGGCGUGUCGGUGGCAACAUCGUCAGGCAGUAAUUAUCCAGCCGGUGGCGUUGUAAUCGGCAAUCCGAAUGCCACUAAUCCAUUACUCGGAUAUCCCUCAUCAUCGCCCCAUGGUUCGCGUCGUCAAUCACGUGCUUUGGAAUGUUUGGCCCCACCGCGUACCGGUUCGUUUCGGCAACGAAACUCACCGCUGCAUCAGCCCGAUCCACCGCCACGACCACCGUUGGCAUUUUGCAAACGCCGCCUAAGCUGGCCCGAGGUGGAUCCACGCUCCAAUUCCGGUGUACAGGAAACGGAUGGCUCAUAUUUUGAGAAUUUUACUUCUCUGGGCUGGAAACGUGAAAAUCGUCGCAUGUCGGCAACGCGUGCCGCGGAAGCACGUGCCGAGGCUAAUCCCGAGAAUGAACGUGAUCCACCAGCACCCGAGGAGUCCAUUGACCGUCAGGAUGAGAAGGAGAAAUUAUAUAUUGAGGUCUUGCAUACCAUAGCUAAUACAGUGGGCGCUCCAGCGCCAGGUGGACAGUUUGCUCAUUACAAGGACGAAAUGUAUCUGCAUGCCCAGCGCGCCUUUGGUGUCAAUCCGGAUCGUCAUUAUCGCCUGCUGCAUGCCUCGGCCGAGGAUAAACCAAAAAUAAUUGUGCUCUCGGCUGUGGUAAUCGAGGCUGAUGGCUUGGAGGCAAAAGAUGCGAAUGGUUUCUCGGAUCCGUAUUGCAUGCUGGGCAUUCAACCGGAUGGUGAUGCUGGAGGAGGUGGUGGAGGUGGUCCGCCCGUUUCGCCGCUGCCGCUGCCGCCGACACCACGUGCUCUAUCAGCGGACAUGAGCGGUGGCUUCGAUAAUAGUGCCACAGACUCGCCACCGCAUCGCAAGCAUAGCUUUCGCUUGAGCUUCAAGCGACGCGAUGGCGGCUCCGGUCGACGGGAGCAGCGCGACUCGCUGGGCGGACCUGUCCCAGCCAAGUUAAUCAAAGCGACCAGCAUUAAGCCGCACACACUCACACCCAAAUGGAAUGAGAAAUUCAAAUUCGACAUCGAUGACAUCAAUACGGACACCUUUCACUUGGACAUUUGGGACCAUGACGAUGAAAGUUGCGUCAUGGAUGCCGUUUCGCGUUUAAAUGAAGUGCGCGGUGUACGGGGCUUGGGUCGUUUCUUUAAGCAAGUUUGCCAAUCGGCACGACAGGGAUCUCAAGAUGAUUUCCUGGGAUCUGUGAAUAUACCACUUGCCGAUAUACCCUCCACUGGAGUGGAUGCCUGGUUCAAGCUGGAGGCACGCAGUCAACGUAGCACUGUCCAGGGUCGGAUUCGUCUCAAGUUGUGGCUCUCGACGCGCGAGGAUCGAGGCGGCAAUGCCGGCACCGAAGAGCCCCAUCAUGAGCAGCAAGUCCAUAAAAUUGAGCAAUUGCAAUCGGUGUUCAUGCAACAUGAGGUGACCACCCAUGAGCCAUCGUGGACCUGGUGUGGUGAUUUACCUGGCCCAGCAUUAACCAUACUACAUCAAACGGCAGUGCAGGCUGAUCUCUCCGAUUUACAUUGUGCCAUGGCAAGAUAUGUGGCUGCUGCUCAUUUGAAUCGAACCACGCCAUUAGAUCCGAAAUUUUUACAUCGUUUACUUAGCGAUGUGGAGAAACAAUGGAAUCAACCCAAUCAGGAGGCUCUCACUCGUGAUCUAGAGCAAUGGCUGGCCGAGGCCAUGAAUGGUUUUGUGGAACGUUCACUUAAUCAAAUACGACGACAUCGGGAUAUAUUUCCAGCAUUGAAUCCACCAUCAUUGAUACGACUGGAAUUCCUGCUGCGUUGUCUCGGUUUAUUGGGUUCGAUGCGUGCUUUUCGUGCCGUCUGCCCGUUCAACAAAGGCGUUCGUGGCGAAGUGGUCAAUGCCUUGCGCAAGGGCUCCAUUAUGUGGGGCCAGAAUGUUUUACGUGAAUCGCAGUGUUUGCCCAAUCCAUUAUCGAAUUUUGUAACAACAUUAACGGCCGAUAUCCAGCUGGGUCAGACCUACUAUCAUGCGCUCUUCGACAACACCAAUGGCAUUCAGUACUUUAGCAUAAUCUACAAACAAUAUGAUUCAAUGGUGGGAGAUGAGAUCUAUAGCCGCAUGGCUGCUGGCCAAGUGCCGGGCGUACGAAUGAAUCUCUCACAAUAUGCUGUACUGGAGGGUGAUCAGGAGCCAGUGGAUACGAAACCCUUUGAACUCUUUCUGGCCCUGCAGGAGUUCUGUCAAUUGAAACGUCAUUUAUCAGCCCAGCCCCAGCCGCCGGAAAAACCGCUGGCCUUGAGCAAUAGCCACGAGUGGUUCAUACCCACUUACGAGCGUUGGAUGAUGGUGAGCAAGGCGAAGGCAUUGCAACGGAUUCGAGCUGCCAUCCGCAUGGACGCCAUCUGUGAGGGUGAACGAAUUGUGCGCUAUAGCAGCUCCUCGGUGGACACGGCCAGCACAUUGCUGAACAUCAAAGAGUUUUGGAAGGUUAUCAAUUGGCCCGAUGAGGAUACGGCCAUAAUGCUGGAAUCGCAAUUGAUUGAUGUCGUUUGCUCGGCGGCCAUGCACUAUUGCGACCUCAUACAUACGGCUCUGGCGGACAGUGGAUACUAUGAGCAACAGGGGCCCUUCCGGUGCUCCGAUGAUAUGUGUGUGACGGUAAAUAAUGUGGAAUAUGUGCGACGCACAUUGGCCGAAUUCCGUUCGGAUGAGCAGCCGCUUGAAGAAUCGGCUGAUAAUUUACUCGAGUCGAGUUUAACGCAUAUGGAAAAUCGCUGCGAACGUAUACUAUCCAAAUUGGCCCCAUUGAUGCAAAUGUCACUGCAGAAGGCGGUAUUCCAUUUGGCUUGGUCACCCGACUCUCUGCCUGCCAAUCAGGCUAUUGUUCCGCUGCUGGAAUACUUGGAUUGCCAUCUGGCUGCAUUGAAUAGUGCGCUGCUUACGAAAAAUUUUAAUCGUUCGUUGCGCUUCAUAUGGAAGACCGUAUUGGGGGAAAUGUCGCGGCAAAUGGAAACGGGCGAUGAGACAGAUAAGCCAACACAUUUUCAUAAAAGGCUCUAUGAGGCAUUGCAAUUGCUGGUGGAUUUCUUUCAUGCCGAGGGACAAGGUUUACUAUUGGAGUGCCUCCAUACAGAGGACUUUUGGCGCAUUGAGCAGAGAUUACAAUUCCAUAAAACGGAUACAGAACGUCUGAUCGAUAUGUUCUACAUGAAUCGUUUGCGUGAACAAUUGGUGGCCAUUAGUCCGGGGCCGUAUGGUUCAUUGGCUGUGCGAGCCUAUUUCAAUCACGAUUCGUUAUGUGUGGAGGUAUUGCAUGCCAGAGAUGUUGUGCCCUUGGAUCCAAAUGGUUUCAGUGAUCCAUUUGUGGUGAUUGAAUUAUUGCCGCGACGCAUAUUCCUACACUGUAUGGAACAGCAGACGAACGUGCAUAAGCGCACUCUCAAUCCCAUUUUCGAUGAAUGUUUCGAGUUUUCGGUCACCUUAGAGCAAUGCCUGACCGAAGGGGCAAUGAUUUGUUUCACUGUUAUGGACCAUGAUGUCCUUACGGCUAAUGAUUUUGGUGGUGAAGCCUAUUUGGCUCUGGGCAAUAUACCAGGAGUGGCUGAUUAUAGCACCAGUGUGGAUAAUUUCCAUGGUCUAAAGCAAAUUGAGUUGCCGCUAAUGCAGCAAAAGGAUAAAUGUAAUCCCAUUUUACAGAUACUGGAGCUGCGUUUAAAUGAUAAACAGGCACAGGACUUUGUGCGCAAACAGAAAGCGCGUUUCAUCAAUUGAUUUUUAGUCGUUGGUCGGUGGACAGGUGAGCGUUUGUAAAACGUAUACAUACACACACAAACACACACACACACACACACACACAAACACACACACAAUUGAUUUCUUCGAGUUGAUUUUGCAAUGUAAUUGCUGCUGCUAAACUUAAUCAUUAAUGUAUAAAUAACUAAAGUGAAA